AUGGAGGUUGCAUUCUAUACAGUAACUUCAGGGCCGCUAGAAGAUGCCAUUGAAGAGGAAGAAGAAGAGUGUCCAUCAGAGGAAACAGACAUCAUCUCAAAAGGAGACUUUCCAUUGGAGGAAAGCUUUUCUACAGAAUUUGGGCCUGAAAAUCUGAGCUGUGAAGAAGUGGAAUACUUUUGUAACAAAGGUGAUGAUGAAGGAGUGCAGGAGACAGCAGAAUCAGAUGGGGACACACAGUCAGAAAAGCCAGGCCAGCCUGGAGUUGAGACAGAUGAUUGGGAUGGUCCAGGAGAGCUGGAAGUAUUUCAGAAAGAUGGGGAACGGAAAAUCCAGAGUCGACAGCAACUUCCUGUGGGAACAACAUGGGGGCCAUUUGCUGGGAAGAUGGACCUGAAUAAUAAUUCCUUGAAGACAAAGGCUCAGGUCCCAAUGGUGCUGACUGCUGGUCCCAAGUGGCUACUGGAUGUGACUUGGCAAGGAGUGGAAGACAACAAAAACAACUGCAUUGUGUACAGCAAAGGGGGUCAGCUUUGGUGCACAACGACGAAGGCCAUCUCUGAGGGUGAAGAGCUAAUUGCCUUUGUGGUGGAUUUUGACUCAAGGCUACAAGCUGCCAGUCAGAUGACUCUUGCAGAAGGGAUGUACCCUGCACGCCUGCUGGACUCAAUUCAGCUGCUUCCCCAGCAAGCUGCCAUGGCUUCUAUUUUGCCUACAGCUAUUGUCAAUAAGGAUAUAUUUCCUUGCAAAUCUUGUGGCAUCUGGUAUCGGAGUGAGAGGAAUCUGCAAGCCCAUUUGAUGUACUACUGCAGUGGGAGGCAAAGAGAAGCUGCCCCAGUGUCAGAAGAAAAUGAAGACAGUGCUCCUCAGAUUUCCAGCCUGUGUCCCUUCCCACAGUGCACCAAGAGCUUUUCAAAUGCCCGAGCACUAGAAAUGCACCUGAAUUCACACAGUGGAGUGAAAAUGGAAGAAUUCCUCCCCCCUGGUGCUAGUCUAAAAUGCACCGUCUGUAGCUACACUGCUGAUUCUGUGAUCGGCUUCCACCAACACCUGUUCUCCCAUCUCACUCAAGCUGCCUUCCGAUGCAAUCACUGCCACUUCGGCUUCCAGACUCAGAGGGAAUUAUUGCAGCACCAGGAGCUCCAUGUCCCUGGAGGCAAACUUCCCAGAGAAAGUGAUAUGGAACACUCUCCAAGUGGAACCGAAGACAGCCUACAGCCAGCCCCAGACUUGUUGACCAGAAGCGAACUCCCCCAGAGCCAAAAGGCCAUGCAGACUAAAGAUGCGAGCUCUGACACAGAGCUGGACAAGUGUGAGAAAAAGACUCAGCUCUUUCUCACUACCCAGAGACCGGAGAUACCGCCUACGACAAAUAAACAGAGCUUUUCCUACACAAAAAUAAAGUCUGAGCCCUCUAGUCCAAGACUCGCCUCAUCUCCAGUUCAGCCUAGUGUUGGGCCUUCUUUCCCCGUGGGCCCUUUCCUAUCUCAGUUUGCUUUUCCCCAAGACAUCACAAUGGUCCCUCAGGCUUCAGAGAUCUUAGCCAAGAUGUCUGAGCUGGUACAUCGGCGACUGAGGCACGGCAGUAGUAGCUACCCUCCGGUAAUUUACAGCCCCUUGAUGCCCAAGGGGGCUACUUGUUUUGAGUGUAACAUAACAUUCAAUAAUUUGGACAAUUAUCUAGUGCACAAAAAACAUUACUGCAGCAGCCGAUGGCAGCAGAUGGCCAAGUCCCCAGAGUUCCCCGGUGUUUCGGAAAAGAUGCCUGAAGCCGUGAGCCCCAACACUGGUCAGACCUCCAUAAACCUCCUCAACCCCGCUGCUCAUUCUGCUGAUUCUGAGAAUCCACUUCUUCAAACAUCCUGCAUCAAUUCUUCCACCGUUUUAGAUUUAAUUGGGCCAAACGGCAAGGGCCACGACAAGGACUUUUCCACCCAAGCGAAGAAGCUGUCCACCUCUAAUAGCAACGAUGAUAAAAUUAAUGGAAAACCUGUCGAUGUGAAAAAUCCCAGCGGCCCCUUGGUGGAUGGGGAGAGUGACCCAAAUAAGACGACCUGUGAAGCUUGCAAUAUUACCUUCAGCCGGCACGAAACCUACAUGGUCCACAAACAGUAUUAUUGUGCUACACGCCACGACCCUCCGCUAAAGAGGUCUGCUUCCAACAAAGUGCCUGCCAUGCAGAGAACCAUGCGUACCCGCAAGCGCAGGAAGAUGUAUGAGAUGUGCCUACCUGAGCAGGAGCAGAGGCCUCCCCUGGGCCAACAGCGAUUUCUGGACGUGGCCAACCUCAGCAAUCCUUGUACCUCCACUCAAGAACCCACGGAAGGGCUAGGAGAGUGCUACCACCCGAGAUGUGACAUCUUCCCAGGAAUUGUCUCAAAGCACUUGGAAACGUCUCUGACGCUCAGCAAAUGUGUCCCCGUUUCCAAAUGUGACACGACUCAUUCCAGCGUUUCCUGCCUAGAGAUGGACGUGCCCAUAGAUCUGAGCAAAAAGUGUCUGUCCCAGUCUGAGCGGACCACCACGUCCCCCAAGAGGCUGCUGGACUACCACGAGUGCACCGUGUGCAAGAUCAGCUUCAACAAGGUAGAGAACUACCUGGCCCACAAGCAGAAUUUCUGCCCGGUCACGGCGCACCAGCGGGGCGAGCUGGGCCCGCUGGACGGCAAAGUCUUCCCGAAUGCAGAGAGCGAGCGCAGCAGCCCGGACGUCAGCUACGAAAGGAGCAUAAUAAAGUGUGAGAAAAACGGAAACCUGAAGCAGCCUUCCCCCAACGGCAACCUAUUUUCCUCCCACUUGGCCACCCUGCAGGGCCUGAAAGUCUUUAGCGAAGCUGCUCAGCUCAUUGCCACAAAAGAAGAAAACAAACACUUGUUUCUUCCCCAAUGCCUUUACCCCGGAGCAAUAAAGAAGGCCAAGGGAGCCGACCAGCUGUCCCCGUAUUACGGGAUAAAGCCAAGCGAUUACAUUUCUGGUUCUCUCGUCAUCCAUAACGCUGACCUGGAGCAAAGCACCAACGCGGACGGCGAAUCUCCCAAGGGCCUGGCUUCCUCCAACGGCUGCGCGGGGCCGAAGAAGGAUUCCCUGCCGCUGUUGCCCAAGAACAGAGGCAUGGUCAUCGUGAACGGGGGACUGAAGCAGGAGGAGAGACCCGCCGCCCCCCCGCAGCAGGAGAACAUUUCCCAGAACCCUCAGCACGACGAUGGCCACAAGUCGCCCUCCUGGAUCGCCGAGAACCCGCUAGGCACCAACGAGAACGUGUCGCCUGCCAUCCCUUCGGCCGAGGAACAGUUGUCUAGUAUAGCAAAGGGCGUGAAUGGCUCUGCCCAGGCGCCCACCAGUGGGAAAUACUGCCGGCUGUGUGAUAUUCAGUUCAACAACCUCUCAAACUUUAUAACCCACAAGAAGUUUUAUUGCUCAUCACAUGCGGCCGAACACGUCAAAUGA